CGUGCGCAUCGUGCUGCACAACUGCCCCUGCUACCGCAUCCUGGCCUCGCCGCGCCACGUCUUCCUGCUGCCCGCCCCGGACGCCCACGCCGGCGCCGCCAAGCUGCUGCUGGUCUGGUGCCCGCAGGAAAGCCGCAUGGCUCUGGUUGCGCCCGCCCGAGGGCUCCUCCGCAGCCACCCCCUGCCGCCCGCAGGAGAGCUGGACUUCAAGAAGCUGGUGGCGGGGUGCGCGGGGCUCCUGCCCGCCCUGGACCCGCUGGACAUCCACACCUGCGCCCUGUCGGACUCGGGGGACCUGCUGCUGCUCAGCCCCCGGGGCGCCGUGGACCUGCUGCAGCCCAACGGCGCCCAGCGCCGCGUCUUUGACUUUGGGGGCAGCGCGCUGGCCCCAGGAGACCCGGCGCAGCUGCACGCACGGAGCGGCACCUUGGCCUGCGCGCUGGCCGGACUGCUGUACCUUGUCGACCUGGGCAGCGGGCGGCUGCUGGACAAGAUGGUGCUGAGCACCAAGGAGGUACACUUCCUGGAGGACGAGGAGGAGCUGCAGCUCCUCAUGCCGACGGGGAUCUACAGCUACGUCCCCCGCGGCGUGGAGCCAGGCGGGCGCCCAGAGCCCCCGCUGUCUGAGCUGGUCUUCCAGGAGGCCUGCAAGUACUACCAGCGCCGCAGCCUCAGCAGCGCGCCGCUGACGGUGGAGAAGCUGCGCAAGGGCGGCAUGUUCCAGGCGCCCAUCGCACUGGCGGCCAUCCUGCACCGCGGCCUGCGCCCCCAGCACAAGCCGCCCCACGGGCUCCCGGGGCCCCACGCCAAGCUGCUGAGCGCCCUGAGCCUGGAGCUGCAAAGCUACCGCAGCCUGGAGGUGCUGAAGGCCUGUGUGGUGGGCGCGCCGGAGGGCGAGGUGGACAGCUACUGCGAGGAGCUGGUGGAGCAGGAGCUCGCCCGCCUCCUGCACUCGGAGCUGGACCCGGACAACCUGGCCUACCUGAACACCAUCUUCCGCUCCUUCCCCCGGGCCGCCUGGAAAGCCGUGCGCGCCAGCCUGCAGCUGCGGCAGGGCACCGACGGGCUCUUGGUUGCUCGGGCCACGCCGGACAUCUGGAAGAAGGUGCUGGGAGGCCCGGCGGCGCGGGAGGUGGAGGGGGGCUGCAACGGGGCACUCCCGCUCUUCGAGCUCAUCUGUGGCUCCCUGCACCGCUACAAGCCCACGUGGCUGCCGCGCUUCGUGGCGCUGACACAGCAAUACGCUGGCACUGCGUGGCCCUACGGCAGCCAGGACGGGCCCGAGGGCCGUGUGCCCCUCUACAAGCGGGCGCUGGCUGUGCUGACCCGGCGGGCCGGGGCCGCGGGCGAUGAGGACCUGGAGAUCGAUCUGCUGCUGUGCAGCGCGCGGCCCAAGGCUGUGCUCCAGGCCGUGCGGCUCCUCGUGCGGCUGCGGCACUGGCCCCGUGUGCUGGAGGCUGCCCGCCGCUUCUGCCCACGCAGCCCCUUGCUCAACAAGGAGAUCUUCGCCACGCUCCUGGCCGAGGUGGCCCAGCACCGCGAGCUGGACCCGCACCUGGGCACCCUGUGGGAGCUGUGCCCCCCAGACCUGGCAGCCACUGACAUCCUCGCCAUUGUUCUGCAGCACCUGCCCAGCCCCGUGGCAGGAGAGCCCGCUCCCUUUGCUGCUGCCCCGGGCACCCCGCUGACCGUGGGGCUGCUGAAACCGCUGCUGCAGCGCAUGGCGCAGUGCCCACGGGCCCAGGACGAGCUCUACGCCGAUGCCCUGCAGAGCCCCGGCAUCCCCCCGCCCACCCCACCCCGGGAGCGCCGGGCAGGUGUCGAGCUGGCACCAAGGACUGCCACGCUCGGGCCGGACCAAGGCGGCACCGUGUGAAUGGCGCUGGGGAGGGGGCACCCGGGGAGGGUCGAGGGCUAGGAGCUCCAGCCUGCCCCGAUCCGUGGCACUGGAGCCGGCCCCAGGGCAGGGUGAAAGACUAGAUCGGGACCAGCAGGGCCCCAAGUGCUUCAGGGCAGGGGCUCAGCUUCCUCUCUCCGUCCUACGCACCAGGCCUCUGAGACCAGCUCCGGUAGCUUGAAAGCUCGUGGCCCUUCCUUAG